AUGAAGUUCCAAUCCGCCGCUGCCGUCGCCGCCCUCGUGGCCACCGCUGUCGCUGCCGUCGACAAGCUGGAGUCGUCCUCGCUGGACGUGUUGUUCUCGGACGCCCAGGCGCACACCCAGGACUACAUGGGCUUCUUCAAGCCCGUCGGCACGCACGACCCUCCUAGAGGCUUGAAGGAGGCGUUCUUCAAGCUGCUCGCGGGCAACUUCCCCACCGAGGCGGACUACGAGGCCAUCGACUUCGAGACCGUGAAGAACGGCGUGAAGGACUUGCCAUGGUACAACGACAGACUCGCCAAGCCGCUCGCGGCCAUCGGCGGCGCCGCGGAGCAGCCAGCCAAGACCGAGGCCCCAGCCUCCUCGGCCCCAGCCUCGUCUGCGCCAGCCAAGACCGAGGCCCCAGCCUCCUCGGCCCCAGCCUCGUCUGCGCCAGCCAAGACCGAGGCCCCAGCCUCCUCGGCCCCAGCCUCGUCUGCGCCAGCCUCCUCGGCCCCACCUGCGCCAGCCUCCUCUGCGCCAGCGGCCUCCACCUCCUCCCACGCCGUCGCCACCAAGGACGGCGCCGCCAACGUGCUACCAUGGAGCGCCGGCCUCGGUGUUGUCGUUGCUGGUGCCAUCGGCAUGUUGAUGUGA